CCAAAAACAAAGUAUUCAACCACCAAAAUGUCCCCAGCCAAGAAGAACGGCUCAGCAGGCAAAACCACAGCAAAACAUCGCAAGCUGAGAAAAUCCCAACAGAAGGCUGGAGAAGAAGUGCACCAGGUGUACUUUAUGAAGCUCCGCUCCGGUCUUACCAUAAAAAAUGCCUGUUACUUUAGGAAAGAAACCACCAAAAGGAUGUCACCAAAAACUGGUGACAAGAGCAAAAAACAACAUCUGGUAUUCUCUGCCUGUCCACAACUGCCUGUGAAGCAAAAUCAAAUCUUUCCACGGUCUUCUGGGGUGACCAGAUUUGCCACCGAGCAGAAAAGUCGAAGUAUCCAAAGUAUGGCUGAAAGUUCACCUAUGUUCGAAUAUUACGCUUCUCUGAGCACAUUCAACGAUCAGUUCAUCACUUUUGCUUUUGAGGACGGAGCUUAUGCCAUCUAUGUUGAAGAUUUGGGAAAAGACCAAGAGAAAGACAAGGUGUUUCUCCGUUACUAUGGUUCUCAAACACCCGCAGGUGAAUCAGGUGAUGAGGUUGAUAGUAAGAAGCUUAUGGUAAAACUGAGUCCUAAAAAAGAAGAAAACUUCUGCCUGCAUGCCAACAACAAGAACCUCUCUCUGGAGAUUCGAGAAUGGUCAGAAGACGAAAAGCCAUUGCCAGACCAGGCCUUCUUUCUCUUUCAUCAGCUGUCCACUGAUUGUGUUUCAUUUGAAUGCAUGAGCAAUCCUGGAACAUUUAUCGGAGUCUGCGAUAAUCACCUUAAGCUAAUUCCAGUGGACCAUCCUAAGGAAAAACAUUCAAGCAAGAUCAUGUUUAAGCUCUGUAAAAUUUGA